UCCAUCCUUACCUCUCUUUCUUGUCCUUCCUGUCCUUAUUCCCCCCCUUCAAUACCAUCACCAUGGCCGACGAGGUGGUAUGUAUUUCCCUUCUUCUCGCCCUUUGAACUGCCCUCGCUGUCGCUCUCGUGUUGUGCUGCAGCCCCGCAUCUGGAAUCUGCCCCCCUCUCCCCCCUUCCUGCUGGCGGUUGCUGCACGCAAUGCAUAUGAUCGAACUCUGCGUCGUCUUUUCUCAUUUGUUCUGCCUGUUCUGCCUGCUAACAUGAAUCGCUCGAACAGCAAGAGACUUUCGAAUCCGCUGACGCUGGUGCGUCCAGCACCUACCCCAUGCAGUGCUCUGCUCUGCGCAAGAACGGUCACGUUGUCAUCAAGGGCCGUCCCUGCAAGAUCGUCGAAAUGUCCACCUCCAAGACUGGCAAGCACGGUCACGCCAAGGUCCACAUGGUCGCCAUCGACAUCUUCACCGGCAAGAAGCUCGAGGAUCUGUCUCCCUCCACCCACAACAUGGACGUCCCCCACGUCAACCGUCGGGAGUACCAGCUCAUCGACAUCACUGACGAUGACUUCCUGUCCCUGAUGGACGACAACGGCAACACCAAGGACGACGUCAAGGUCCCCGACAACGAGACCGGUGAGAAGAUCAUCCGCAUGUUCCGUGAGGAGGAGAAGGACUGCAACGUCAUCAUCCUGACCUCCAUGGGUGAGGAGACCGCCAUUGAGUGCAAGGAAGCCCCCAAAUAAGCGGAACGCUCCGUUUGAUGGGAACCUUUUCUUCUAAACUCCGUUCGCCUCCCCUUGAAAUGUUUUCCGGUCUUAAUGUCUGCUUUGCUAGUGUUGCGACGUUUUGGGCUACAUACGGCAAGGCUGCUCAGUGAGCCUUGGAUGUGCGCCGAGCCGGCAGGAGAGUUGCAUUUAGUUGGCAGCAUAAAGCGUGCUUUGUCCGAGAACCAGUUCUGAGUUUAGCUCUCACGAUAGUUUGACGAAUCAAAAAUUAGUGGUCCAUGAUUAAA